UUUCGGAAACGCGUUUCCAUCGUCGACGUGACGUCCGGCCGCGACCUGACGGCGCGAAAUAUCCUCCGCGUCGCGGGCUGAUUUUUUUCCGCGCUUUCCCGACUCGACGAGGGAUUUCCCUCGUUUGACAGCUCGGCCGCUCCGGAGCGUUUCAGUUGCGCGCUUGACUCGCGCGGUUGACGCCGCCGACUUCCGGUGGAGACAAGCCCAUGUGGACGAUCGUAGCGAAGACCCAGAUUAGUCCGUGAGCAGCGUGUUCUUGGUGCGUUACCUAUUCACGCGCUCUCGUGCACGUCCAAAUUCCAACCCCCUCUCGGUUCUCGCGUGACUCCCCGGACUCUGUCGCGUCACCAUGGCGGACCUGGACGAUUUUUUUGCUAAAAAGGACCGUAAGAAGGCCAAGGGCAAGAAGUUCGCCACGACCGACGAGGUCGCCAAGAAGCUGGAGGAGACGGGCAAGAAGCCACUCGAGAAGCCCAAGCCGAAGGAGAAACCAGCGAAUCCCGAGGGCGAAGAGUCCCAGCACACCGAGGAUGAGGACGAGUGGAAAGAAUUUGAAGAGGAGAAAAAGGACUACAGUGGUCUAAAGAUUGGACAUUUGACGGUAAACGACAGUCUGGAUGCGGAAUCAGACGACGAAAGGGGCACUGGUGAGAACAGUUCUGACGGAGAAUCCGGCGAGGGCGGCACAAAACAUUCGGGACCAUGGAAGAAACCGGAUCUUCCACCAGAAACUCCAGAAGUACCGGCACCAGCGCCAGCACCACCCGUAGCACCACCCACGGGGGGGAGUAGUUACAAAGCGCCACAUUUAAGAAAUCAACCUACCUUCACUAGUCCACGACCACGAGGAAGGAAUGUCGCGCCUGAUAUACAUAGUGAAGAAUAUUUUCCCACCCUGAAUUCCAAGCCCCAGCAAAGUAACGGCAGCAAUCCAUGGGCAGAAAGACGGCGAGACGAGGGAACGUUCGAGGAAGUUGUUCGCAAUCGAGGAAGCAGCAGGUCGCACAACGUGCCAGAGUCUCAAGUCCAAGUGCCCAAACUUUCCCUGGGCAACAAGUACGGCGCUCUGUCGCAAGAUCAAAGCUGAAAACACCGAUCAAAUCAAAAAACAUCACAUCAAUAUCGCAUCGUCGCUCUUUUCUGUUUCGUGAUCCAACCUCGC